UGUGUGGCACUGAAUUAGAGCGAUCGCACACGCCCGACUCGAUCAGUUGCUGGCGUGCCGUCUAACCCUGCGGAUGUGUGCCGAAUCGAGACGGAGAGUUCGACCUUUGGGAUAGUACGCGACCGGAUAUAUGUCCUGCGGCAAUGCGCAGGCGCGAAGUGCAGAAGAAUUACUGAAAUUUUCAACAAGUGUGACAAGUGUGCCAGAUAAUUAAAACUCAAGUGGUGUUCGUCGAGUGUUAGCCACUCCAGAAGGACCAAAAGGAGCCGCGAUACGCGAUACACCAAACACAUAUAUAUUCGAGUGGCGAGCCGCGCAGAGUGAGGCGACCGAUUAUUGUGCUGUCCUCAGCAAGGAGCCGCAAAAUGGAUUUAUCGAGGCGGCUGUGCUCAACUGCCUUGGUAGCAUUCAUUGUUCUGGCCGGCAUCCACGAUUCCCAGAGCAGAUUCCAUGGAUCAAGACAAAAAAGACAAUAUGGCGCGAACUUGUAUUUGCCGGAGAGCUCUGUGACGCCCGACGGCGAGGGCGACAAUCCGAAUGAGUGGACUGUGUGGAGCUCACCCUCUGACUGUUCCCGAACCUGCGGCGGAGGAGUGUCCUACCAGACGCGAGAGUGUCUGCGCAGAGAUGCCUAUGGCGAGGCAGUUUGCAGUGGAGGCAGUCGUCGCUACUUCUCCUGCAACACUCAAGACUGUCCGGAGGAGGAACCCGACUUCAGGGCGCAGCAGUGCUCCCGCUACGAUAACCAGAAGUUCGAUGGCAUCAUCUACGAGUGGGUGCCGUACACCAAUGCGCCCAACCCGUGCGAGCUGAACUGCAUGCCCAAGGGGGAGCGCUUCUACUAUCGCCAGCGGGAGAAGGUGGUGGACGGAACCCGGUGCAAUGAUAAGAGCUUCAACGUGUGCGUGAAUGGCGAGUGCCUGCCGGUGGGCUGCGACAUGAUGCUGGGCAGCGAUGCCAAGGAGGACAAGUGCCGCAAGUGUGGCGGCGAUGGCAGCACCUGCAAGACCAUUCGCAAUACCAUCACCACCAAGGACCUGGCUUCCGGCUACAAUGACCUGCUGCUCCUGCCAGAGGGCGCCACCAAUAUUCGCAUCGAGGAGACGGAGCCGUCGAGCAAUUAUCUGGCCUGUCGCAACCUCAGUGGACACUAUUACUUGAACGGCGACUGGCGGAUCGACUUCCCGCGCCCUAUGCUAUUUGCCAACUCCUGGUGGAAUUAUGAACGCAAGCCCAUGGGUAUGGCGGCUCCCGAUCAGCUGACCUGCAGCGGCCCCAUCUCCGAGAGCAUCUUCAUUGUGAUGUUGGUGCAGGAACGAAAUGUCAGCCUUGACUACGAGUACAGCAUCCCGGAGUCCCUCAGUCACUCGCAACAGGAUACGCACACGUGGACACACCACCAAUUCAGCACCUGCAGCGCAUCCUGUGGCGGUGGCACUCAGAGUCGCGUGGUGACCUGCAACAACCGCAUCACCCUGGCGGAAGUCAACCCGGCACUUUGCGAUGAUAAAUCCAAGCCCGUCGAGGAACAGGCGUGCGGUACGGAACCUUGCGCUCCCCACUGGCAGGAGGGAGAGUGGUCCAAGUGCUCCAAGGGCUGCGGAUCGGAUGGCUUCCAGGAGAGAAACAUCACUUGCGAGCGCAUCUCGUCUUCAGGCGAGCAUACCGUUGAAGAAGAUGCAGUUUGCCUGAAGUUGGUGGGUAACAAGCCGGCUACCAAACAGGAGUGCAAUCGCGAUGUUAAGAACUGUCCCAAGUACCAUCUGGGUCCUUGGACGCCAUGUGAUAAGCUCUGCGGCGAAGGCAAGCAGACGAGGAAGGUGACCUGUUUCAUUAAGGAGAACGGACGCAAGCGCGUCCUGCCCGAAGAAGAUUGCGUGGAGGAGAAACCAGAGGUGGAGAAGACCUGCCUGUUGACGCCUUGUGAGGGUGUUGAUUGGAUCAUCUCGCAAUGGAGCGGUUGCAAUGCAUGUGGCCAGAACACGGAGACACGUACCGCCAUCUGUGGCAACAAGGAAGGUAAGGUAUAUCCCGAGGAGUUCUGCGAGCCAGAGGUGCCCACUCUUUCCCGACCUUGCCAAUCGCCCAAGUGUCAGGCGCAGUGGUUCUCCUCGGAAUGGAGCAAGUGCUCAGCUGCAUGUGGCAAGGGUGUUAAAUCUCGCAUUGUCAUCUGCGGGGAGUUCGAUGGCAUGACAGUGACUCCGGCUAGUGAUGACUCGAAAUGUGAUAAGGCAACGAAACCAGAGGCGGAACAGGAAUGCGAGGGCGAGGAGAAGGAAUGUCCCGGCGAAUGGUUCACUGGACCUUGGGGCAAGUGCAGCAAACCUUGCGGUGGAGGUGAGCGCGUUCGCGAAGUCCUGUGCUUAUCCAAUGGAACAAAGGCCGCAAACUGCGACGCAGAAAAGGUCGAAUCUCCAUCGGAGAAGUGUAAUGCAGAAGCCUGCACUGAGGAUGAGAUAUUGCCCCUGACUAGCACCGAUAAACAAAUCGUCGAGGAUGACGAAGAAGACUGUGAUGAGGAUGGUAUUGAGCUGGUCGACGAUACCUUACCGAAAACUGAUAAGAGCGCCGAUAUUAUCGAUUUCGACAAAUCGUCCACAGAAACCACACCUGAGGAUGAAGAUCAAAUGCAAAGUGACAGCCCGACUCCCUACGAUUCGUCUGAUUCGACUGGUACCACCGUUGAGGGAUCCGGAGAUGAGUCUGAUUCAACUACCGACAGCGGAAUUUCCACAGAAGGAAGUGGUGAUGAUGAAGACACUUCUUCUACCGAUUUGAUCAGCUCGACAACUGCCGAUUCCAGCUCCAGUGACUCCAGCUCUGGAAUUUCCAGCGAUUCGACAUCUGAAGCUCCAUCUUCUGUCUCCUCUGAAGGCACGGAAUCUUCUGGUGGCUCCACUGAUGCCUCAAGCUCAACGGAAGCGUCCGCCUCGGACUCUACUGACGUUUCAAGCACUACAGAUACUUUAGGAUCAACUGAUGCUUCAGGAUCUACUGAUGCUUCAGGAUCUACUGAUGCUUCAAGUUCGACUGAUGCUUCAAGUUCUACUGAUACUUCAGGUUCUACUGAUGCUUCAAGUUCUACUGAUAUUUCAAGUUCAACUGAUAUUUCAAGUUCUACUGAGGCUUCAAGUUCUACUGAUGGUUCAGAAUCUACUGAUACGUCAGGAUCUACUGAUGCUUUAGGCUCAAGUUCCACAAAUGACUUAACUGAAUCCUCUGAUAAAUCAACUGACGCUAAUGAAUCUUCAACAGAGGCUUCAUCGUCAUCUGUCUCUGAUUCUUCGGACACUACAGAUAGCACAACUAACGAUAGUUCCUCAACAGAAUCUUCAGUUUCUACCGACUCCUCUUCACAAGAUACAACCGAAAGUACUUCUGAGUCCUCAACUGAUUCCACAGAAUCCUCAACUACUGAAGAUUCUUCUACCAGCGAUUCUUCGACAACAGAUAGUUCUACUUCGUCUUCCACCUCUAAUUCGGAGGCUACUGACGAUGACUCAACCACAGAUGCUAGCACUGCUGAUGGUUCCACUGACGGCUCCACUGAUGGCUCCACUGAUAGCUCCACUGAUGGCUCCACUGAUGGCUCCACUGAUGGCUCCACUGAUGGCUCCACUGAUGGCUCCACUGAUAGCUCCACUGAUGGCUCCACUGACAGCUCCACUGACGGCUCCACCGACGGCUCCACUGAUAGCUCAACUGACGGAAACACUGAAAGCACCUCUGACAAUACAUCUGCCAAAAGCACUGACGUUAGCUCCAGUGAGGGUUCAACCACUGAUGGCACUACCGUCGAGGAGCUGUCCAGCUCCACAGACUCAGCUUCCACUGACGUUUCUGGUUCCACAGAAGCAACUGAGUCCUCUGCCUCCACAGAUGGUUCCUCUACUGACGUCUCCUCUACAGAUGGCUCUAUCACUGAUGCUUCCUCCACAGAUGGUUCAUCCACUGAGGCUUCCUCCACAGACGGCUCCACGCCUGAGGCCUCCUCCACAGAUGGUUCGUCCACUGAGGGUUUCUCUACAGAUGGUUCUUCCACAGAUGCAACUGACUCCACUGAAAGUGGCCCAACCGAGGAGAGUACUACGGAAGGAACGACUGACAGCACAACCGAGGGAUCCACAGACAGCUCCCAGUCUACAGAUCUUGAUAGCACUACCAGUGAUAUCUGGAGCAGCAGUGACAAAGAUGACGACUCGGAGUCCAGUACACCUUACUCCUUUGUGUCUGAAGUUACCAAGGGCAAGCCACGAAAGUGUAAGCCUAAGAAGAGUAGCUGCGCUAAGUCUGAGUACGGUUGCUGUCCGGACGGUAAGUCCACUCCCACGGGACCCUUCGACGAGGGCUGUCCCAUUGUCAAGACCUGUGCCGACUCAGAGUACGGUUGUUGUCUGGACGGAGUGUCUCCGGCUAAGGGCGAAGACCACAAGGGUUGCCCCAAGUCGCAGUGUGCGGAAACCCUCUUCGGCUGCUGCCCCGAUAAAUUUACACCUGCCAUUGGUGAGGACGAUGAGGGAUGUCCCGAAACAACCACCGUUCCGUCCACAACCACCACAGAGGAGUCACAGCCUGAGACAAAGUCGGAGUCAAGUACGGAGCUGGAAGGAUCAGGGGAGGACUCGACGACACCUGAGUCAGAGACCACCAACAAGUCAUGCUCCUUUUCCGAUUUCGGAUGCUGUCCCGAUGGCGAAAAGCCCGCCAAGGGCAAGGACUUCGAAGGCUGUCCUGAUGAGCCACAAGUCGCCAAGGGCUGCGACCAGUCGGAUCACGGUUGCUGUCCAGAUGGACGAACUCCAGCCAGCGGUCCCGAUUACCAAGGGUGCUCUGCCUGCAUGCGCGAACGCUUUGGCUGCUGUUCGGAUUCAGAGACAGCGGCUCACGGUCCCAACCAAGAGGGCUGCUGCCUGGACACUGAUUUUGGCUGCUGCCCCGACAACAUCUUGGCCGCCCGAGGACCCAACUUCGAGGGCUGCGACUGCCAAUACACGCCCUAUGGUUGCUGUCCGGACAAAAAGUCGCCCGCCCAGGGCUACAACGACAAGGGAUGUGCCUGCGAGACGACACAGCAUGGCUGUUGCCCCGACAAGAUCACUGCUGCCACGGGACCCCAGUUCGAGGGCUGCCCCUGCGAGACCACCCAGUUCGGAUGCUGUCCCGAUGGACUCACAUUCGCCAAGGGACCCCAUCAGCACGGAUGCUACUGCACCCAGACGGAAUUCAAGUGCUGCGAGGACGAAAAGACCCCGGCCAAGGGACCCAACUUCGAGGGCUGCACCUGUGUGGAGAGCAAGUUCGGCUGCUGUCAUGACGGAGUUACCAAGGCGACGGAUGACAAGUUCGGCGGAUGCGAGAAAAUCCCGGAUCCACCGCAGAAGGCCUGCGGUCUGCCUAGCGAUAGGGGCAACUGCAGCACCUACAGCGUCAAGUACUUCUUCGACACCAAGUACGGCGGAUGCGCUCGGUUCUGGUAUGGUGGCUGCGGCGGCAACGACAACCGAUUCGAGAGCGAGUCCGACUGCAAGCAGACCUGCCAAGACUACACCGGCGAGAACGUCUGUCUGCUGCCCCAGAACAGCACCGGUCCCUGCACCACCUUCAAGAAGAAGUGGUACUAUGACGCGGAACGCAACAGUUGCGAGGAGUUCCAGUACGGCGGAUGCUUCGGCACCAAUAACCGUUUCGAUACCCUUGCACAGUGCCAGGGAACUUGCAAUGCCGGAUCGAAUCUUCCAACCUGCGAACAGCCAGUGGAGAGCGGACCGUGUAAUGGAAACUAUGAACGUUGGUACUACGACAACCAGACCGACGUCUGCCGGCCCUUCACCUAUGGAGGAUGCAGGGGCAACAAGAACAACUACCCGACGGAACAUGCCUGCAACUACAACUGCCGCCAGCCGGGCGUGCUUAAAGAUUACUGUGCGCUUCCUAAGCAAACUGGUGAUUGCAGCGAAAAGCUGGCCAAGUGGCACUUCUCCGAAAGCGAGAAGCGCUGUGUGCCCUUCUACUACACGGGUUGUGGUGGCAACAAGAACAACUUCCCCAGCCAGGAGUCCUGCGAGGACCACUGCCCCCGGCAAGUUGCCAAGGACAUCUGUGACAUACCUGCCGAGGUGGGAGAGUGUGACAAGUACACCAACCUCUGGUACUACGACACCAAGGAUCAGGCCUGUCGCCAGUUCUUCUACGGCGGCUGCGGUGGCAAUGAGAACCGCUUCCCCACGGAGGCGUCCUGUUUGGCGCGCUGCGAUCGCAAGCCCGAACCGACGACCACCACCCCCGUGCCCCAACCACCUUCAAGCCAGCGGGACAUCUGCGAUGAGGAUCCAGCUCCUGGUGAAUGCAGUGACUGGCAGGUCAACUGGCACUUUGAUCGAAAUGCUGGCGCCUGUCGUCGGUUCCACUACGGAGGUUGUGGCGGCAAUGGCAAUCGCUUCGAAUCGGAGUCGGAUUGCGAGCGGCGCUGCAACAGGCAACUACGUCCUGCCCCGACUUCUGCCCCUGCUCAAGCCCCACCUCGAUCAGAUGUUAGCCAGUGUAAUCAGCCUGCUGAUCCGGGUGCAUGCGAUAAAUGGGUUUCCAAGUGGAACUACAACGCGAGUGCGGGUGUCUGCCAGUCGUUCUGGUAUGGAGGUUGCGGCGGCAAUGAUAACCGCUUUGAUUCCCUGGAGGAUUGCUCUACUCGCUGCUCUCCCAAUGUAGACGUUCGCUUUGGUGAACCAGAACCGGAGCCCCAACCGGAACCCCAGCCGGAACCCGAACAGGAACCCGAGCUGGAACCGGAGGAUCCUGUCGAGGAACCCCGUCCUGACACGUCCAAGUGCUUCUUGGCAUCCGAGCCGGGCAACUGCUUGGGCAACGAGACCCGCUGGUACUACAAUAGUCAAGAGGGACUCUGCGACGAGUUCGUCUACACGGGAUGCGGCGGUAAUGCCAACAGCUAUGCCACCGAGGAGGAGUGCCAGAACGAAUGCAGUGACGCCCAGACCACCUGUGCUCUGCCCCCUGUCCGCGGACGGUGCAGUUACCUCUCCCGACGCUGGUACUUCGACGAGCGCAGCGGUCGAUGCCACGAGUUCGAGUUCACCGGAUGCCGCGGCAACCGCAACAAUUUCGUUUCGGAGAACGAGUGCCUCAGCUUCUGCCGGGGUGGACCUCCAGUGGAACCCGAGCCACAGCCACCAGCACCGACCUAUUCAGUGUGCACCCUGCCAGCGGAGGCGGGCGAAUGUGACAACAGCACCAUGGCGUGGUUCUACGACACCGAGAACAUGGCCUGUACGGCCUUCUCCUACUCCGGAUGCGGAGGAAAUGGAAACCGCUUCGAGACGCGCGACCAAUGCGAGCGGCAGUGCGGAGAGUUCAAGGGAGUGGACGUUUGCAAUGAGCCAAAGACGCAGGGUCCCUGCACUAAUUGGCAGACCCGGUACUACUUCAACGUCCUGAGCCAGGCCUGCGAGCCGUUUACUUAUGGUGGAUGCGAUGGCACCGGAAAUCGCUUCAACGAUUUGUACGAAUGUCAGGCAGUUUGCAUAGCCGGCCGCGAACCGACGGUGGGUUCGGCUAAAGAAAUCUGCAUGCUGCCUUUGGAGAUGGGCCAGUGCACUGGACCUUCGGUGCAAGAGCGCCGUUGGUACUACAACGACGAGCAAGGAAACUGUAUGUCCUUCAUUUACGCGGGUUGCUCGGGCAACCAGAACAACUUCCGAACCUACGAGGCAUGCACGAACCAAUGCCGACCCGAAACCAAUGAUUUGGACAAUGGAAUUGGAAGCAACCCGUGCGAUUCAUACGAUGCCAAUUGUCGGGAACUUAGCUGUCCGUAUGGCAUUCGCCGUGAGGCUGUCCAAUCUCAGCCAGAGUGCACGCAGUGCGUCUGCGAGAAUCCGUGCGAGGGAUACAACUGUCCCAGAGGCCAGCAAUGCGCCGUCGAGGAGGCCACACCCGAUGGUCGCCAGUUUGCCCCAGUCUGCCGCGACAUUAACAAGCCCGGCGAGUGUCCAGCUCUACAGGCCAAUGCCAGUAACUGCGCCCUCGAAUGCUACACUGAUGCCGACUGCAUUGGCGACAAAAAGUGCUGCAGCGAUGGCUGCGGUCACCUUUGUCUGCCUCCCACUCGACCCACCUUGCCGCCCACCACUCACGCCCCCGUGGUCGUCUAUCCGGGUGAUAUUAGGGCCACUCUGGAGCCCAAGCAACCACAAGAGCUGGCUGUCCAGACUUCCAUCGGCGGCAUUGCCGUGCUGCGGUGCUUCGCCACCGGUAACCCGGCUCCGAACAUCACUUGGUCGCUCAAGAACUUGGUGAUCGACACAAACAAGGGCCGCUACGUCCUGACCCCCAACGGUGACUUGACCAUUGUCCAGGUGCGACAGACCGACGAUGGCACCUACGUCUGCGUGGCCACUAAUGGCCUAGGAGAUCCGGUGCGACGUGAGGUUCCUCUCCAGGUUACAGAGGCCGUAAAACUCCCCGCCUACAUUCACGGUGACAAGAAUGUAACCCAGAUCGUGGAGCUGAACCGUCCGGCAGUGAUUCGCUGUCCGGCCGGAGGCUAUCCACAACCGCACGUCAGCUGGUGGCGCAAUGGACAACAGUUUGGCCUGAGGAAUAACCUUAUGGCCCGUGACUACUCGCUGGUCUUCAACUCUAUUCAGUUGAAGGACCUUGGCCCUUACACUUGUGAGGUGUACAACCAGCGGCGUCCCGUUUCGCUGCACGUCACCCUGAAGGCGGUGGGUCCUGUCCGGGCUUUCGGCGACGAGGAGUCCCGAUACCUGCAGUAUGUGCUGGAUCCGGCCAUCCGUCCGGUGACCCAGCGACCCCGCUAUCCCUACCGACCCACUCGCCCGGCCUAUGUGCCUAAUCCCACUGUUAAUGCACAUGCCGUGUUGGCUCUGGAUCCCAAGAACAGCUACACAACUGGCUCAACCAUUGUCAUGAGCUGCUCCGUGCAAGGCUAUCCGGAACCCAAUGUCACUUGGACCAAGGACUACACGCCUCUCUACGAGAACGAGCGCGUUCAAAUUACAUCCCAGCCACAUCGUCUCAUAGUGAAUGGUGUGACCCCCGAGGACGCGGGCAGGUAUGCCUGCAGGGCCAGCAAUGCCUACACGUACGCCGACGCAGAAGCAAAUGUUUCCAUUCAAUCUGUUUUACCUGUUUCGCCGGAGUGCGUGGACAGUCCGUUCUUUGCCAACUGCAAGCUGAUCGUGAAGGGUAGAUACUGCAACAAUGCAUACUACAUAAAGUUCUGCUGCCUGUCCUGCACAUUGGCGGGCUUUGCACCCGCGGCUCCUCAUCCCAAUGCGGUAUAAUUCCACAUACCGGGCACACAGAGAGCAGAGUAUUUUUGUUUGAUUUUCGCAUUGAAUUGAGUUUAAAGUUGAAACGCACCACCACACAAGAAUAAUUGGAUCGACACUCCCGGAGGACAUUCAAAAUCAUUCAAAAGCAGAGAGACCAAAAAGCCAACCGUUGCUUAGCCAUAACCAUAGCCUAAAGAUCAAGAACGAACGAACGUCUAAUGUAGUAUUUACUCUCUUCCAGAACAAAAGAAAAUAGUAUUAGUGUUUUUAUGUUUGUGUUCCUAUUUAUUCUUGAUUACGAGUAACGUUAAAUUCAAUCGAGGAAAAAAAGCGGCUAAAACGAAUUUGUAUUCUACUUUUUAGUUUCUACGACUACAUUUCUGUGCAACGAGUAAAGCAUUUAAGCCUAAAACUAAUAAUUGUAAAUAAAUUAAAACUACAUAAUAAAGAGUGCAUAUGUACAAAAGA